AUGGAGGACGCCGACGCCGACCUCGAGAGGUCCCUCCUAGCGUCCGCGGUCCUCGCCUUCGCGUACGACAAAGCGGGACGGGCUAGGGAGCCGGUGGGCCUGGCCAGGCAGACCGCCGCCGCGGCCGCGGAGGUGGACCAUCCCGCCUCGGGACACCUCACGGAGGCCGCCGACUCCAUGGAGCGGACCGUCCUCACCCUCUCCGUCGCCGACGUCUACACCAGGCCUCGGGCGGCAGCGGAGCUCGUGGCCUGCGCGGCCGAUCUGUACAUCGCCGCUCGUGAGGUCAACGCCGACCUGGCGGACGCCGCCUACGACCUCGCGGGACAAUCCGAGGAGUUGACACGGAUGGCCGCCGACCUCAGGGCCGCCAUGGGAUUCCCCCGCCAGCAGAAUCACGGCCUCCUGGGCCGGAUUGCCGCCUUCUGCACCUACAGGGUGCAGCCUUCCUCCGUGCGAUCUUUCGCCGAGGGGGGUACCUCGGCGAUGCAGCCAUUGGGGCUUGGUAUGUCCCUCUGCCUCUUCCCUUACAUGGGGAGGCAGGGGAUUCUUAGCUCGGACAACUUCUCCGAUAAUGAACUGUGGUGGAUAAAUACUGUUUUCUCUUCCUGGUGGGUCCUGGUGUCGCUUGGCGUGGCUGCCAGUCUGUUCCCCGAUACUAGACUUCAGAUGGAGUAUGUCCGGCUAUCUAGCCACCUUGCCAUACUAGGGAUUACCAUUCUAGUUAUCCUGUACGCCUAUGUCAUGCUAGCUCCUGACGCAUGGAUCGCGCUCCUAAUUUUCUUGGCUCUUUCAUGUUUUUUCCACGCUGUGUUUUACCUGCAGUCAUACCAGAGAAGAAACAUGUAAUGUGGUAUCACCCAAAAUAUGCAAGACUAGAGAUUUAGAGAAAGGUGCCUCGCUUGACAACCGAUUGAAUGCUUCCGUAGUAGAUGCUUCUAGCUGGCAGUUUUGAGAAGGGCGUUUGUACAUGAAUUUGCCAAAGAGUGAAGUUCGGGAUACAUUUGAUUUAGGAUUCUAGUGAUUUGGUAUUUUGCCUUUGUAUAGUAAAUGCUCCUGGCGGUGUUUCUUUGGUGACUUCGAUAUGGCUUGCUCUAGUCACAUGGUCCCAGGAAGUGAUCUCGUCCAAUAUAUGUUUGCUCAUUGCUCAUUGGAUUGAGAAAACUUGGAUUCUUUUGUAUACAAUACUAACAUAGUAACAUGAGUUCUUACUGGGUGAGUAGGACGUGCA